CAGAAGAGAUGGCGCUCACCCUGCCCCGAAUCACUGCACUAGUUGAGCCCCACCGGAGAGGAUUGGCAUCAGGAUUUCCUCUUUCUAAAACUGAUCUGCUCUCCUGGAUCGAUCGAGAAGAUUCAUGGAUUCCAGAACUUCAGGGAUGUGAGGAAAGGACAACGCCAUCUCAGAUAAAUCCAGGGGAAGAACAGAGAGGAAGACAUGAACUUGUUCCUCCGGAAGUAAUUCCUAGCAAAACAAAUCUGCAAAAGGGGAAUGUCCUAGAGAGGAAUCCAGUGGAGGCUGAGAAACAACCUUCAGGGACUGGGCUGAGGGGCCCCCUAACCGAAGGAAAGGAGCAGCAAGACAUACCCCUCCCACAGACCAUGGUUGCUUCCAAUCCCCAGAUGUCCCUUAGAAAACCACCAGUGCAUAGCAAGAAUCACCAAUGUGCAGAAUGUGGCAAAAGCUUCAGCCAGAAGUCCAACCUUCUCCGGCACCAGAGGUUGCACCUCGACAAAAGAUCCCACAAGUGUGACCAGUGUGACAAAAGCUUCUCUGAGGCCGAGGCCCUGGCCACACACCAGAAAGGCCACGCAAGUGACAAACCGUACAAGUGUGAAGAAUGUGGGAAAAGCUUCAGCUGGACCUCGCACCUGGAACGGCACCAGCGGAUCCACACCGGAGAGAAACCGUUCCAAUGCAAGGAGUGCGGGAAGGCCUUCAGUGUUGGAUCACACCUGGAGAGGCAUCGGCGGAUCCACACUGGGGAGAAGCCUUAUCAGUGCAAAGAGUGUGGGAAGAGUUUCAGUGUGAGCUCCACCCUGGUCCAGCACCAGAGGACUCACGCCAAUGACAAGCCCUACCAGUGUGAGGACUGUGGGAAGGGCUUCACGCUUGGGGCCAACUUGGUGGCUCACCAGAGGAAACAUCUGGGCCAGAAGCCCUAUGAGUGCCCCGAUUGCGGGAAAAGUUUCAGCUUCACCUCUCACCUAGAGAGACACCAGCGGAUCCACACGGGCGAGAGGCCCUACCAGUGCCCCGACUGUGGGAAGCGUUUCAGCCGCAGCUCCCACCUUUACAGGCACCAAAGAAUCCACACGGGGGAGAAGCCACAUCAGUGCACAGAUUGUGGCAAAAGCUACUACCUCAGUGCGGCCACCCUCCAUCACCUCCAGACAUCUCCAGCCCACAGCAGAGACCCCACCAAAUGCACCGAAUGUAACCGUAAGCGGGUGGCUCCUCAGCCUCUCCCACCUCCUCCCUCCCCGCCAAUGUCUACCGAGAAGCCCUUUAAAUGCUCCGACUGUGGGAAAGGGUUUGGCCAGAGUUCAUCCCUAGUAAAACACCAGCGGAUCCACACCGGAGAGAGGCCCUAUCAGUGUCCCGAGUGUGGGAAGAACUUCAGCUGGUGCUCGGCCCUGAUCAAACACAAGCGGACCCACACGGGAGAGAAGCCCUUCCGGUGUGGGGACUGUGGGAAAGCGUUCAGCGUCAGCUCCCAUUUGGAAAGGCACCAGCGCGUGCACUCUCCCGACCGACCCCACAAGUGUGCCGAGUGUGGGAAAACCUACGGGGAACUGGCCUCGCUGGUCAAGCACCAGAAAUCCCACAUGCCCGGGAGCAAGCGUUAUCGGUGCCCUGACUGCGGGAAAAGUUUUAGCUGGAGCUCCCACCUGGAAAGACACCAGCGGAUCCACACAGGGGAGAAGCCCUACCAGUGCGGGGACUGCGGGAAGUGCUUCAGCGUCAGUUCCCACCUGGACCGCCACCGCAGAAUCCACACGGGAGAGAAACCCUACCACUGCGCUGAAUGCGGGAAGAGCUUCAGCGUCAGCUCCACGCUCUUGCAGCACCAACGGACGCACUCGAGCGGAAAGCCUCACAAGUGCAAGGAGUGCGGGAAGCGAUUCAUGGCCGGGGCCCAGCUGCUCACGCACCAGCGGGCCCACCGCGGUGAGAAACCCUACGAUUGCACCGUCUGCGGGAAGAGCUUUGGCUUCGUCUCCCACCUGGAGCGGCACCUGAGGGUGCACACAGGCGAGAAGCCGUACCCGUGCGCAGAGUGUGGGAAGUGUUUCAGCCGCAGCUCACACCGCAACCGCCAUCAACAUACUCAUGUGGCAGAGGAGCUCCCCAAAGAACAACCUGAAGGCCAGAAGGGCUGCUCUGUUUUGACCGAGACUAAGCACUCCAAAGAACUGCUCCCUGCUGUUCUUGACCCUCCUCUUUCUCUCAUGCCCUCCUGGUGGAGCGAGGGGGAGAGGAACAGCAUCCCCACAGCUGUCUCCACCUGGCCCGAGGCCCCACUGCCUUUCCAGGGCUUCAUCCCCAGUGCUGUCUCAGCUGGAGGGCUGCGGAGCUGGGACUACUGUAACACACUCCACAUGGGGCUGCGCCUGAAGAUGGCUCAGAAACUUCCAACUGGUGCAGAAUGUGGCUGUGCUGGUGAUUUAGCUUUAAAGGCCUACAUGGCUUGGUACAGGGGUACCUGA